AUGGCCGUGAACUCCAUUUACUACUCAAGAGACGAAGUGAAUGCCUUCUGGGUGACGGUGCAGCGGACGGAGGCUGCGGAGCGGUGCGAGCUGCGCGGCACCUACGUGCUCAAGGCUGAGCGGGAUAGCCUCAUCCUGAAGGACCCACAGACAAAUGCCAUCCUCUAUGUCUGGCCCUAUCGGCUUCUCCGGAGAUACGGCCGGGACAAGGUGAUGUUCUCCUUCGAAGCUGGCAGGCGCUGCGACUCCGGCCCAGGGAACUUCACCUUCGAGACCAAGCAGGGCAAUGAGAUCUUCCGCCUAGUGGAAGCCUCCAUCCGGGAGCAGAAAGCGCAAGUGGAGGAGAACCGGCAAAGCUGUGACUCGCUGGAUUCGGACAGCCCCAGCGUGGUGCUGAUGCGCCAGGCCCUGGCUGACUCCCUGAGCCUGGAGCUGCCUGCAGAGGGGGAUGACACCCUGGCACCCAAAGCAGGGCUGACACCCCGGCCCAGUGCGGCGGCAGAGGAGCGAGACACCGCGUCUCUGCUGAAGACCCGGACUCUGCCAGGGGGUGGCCCCGCUGUGCCCAGCGGUGCCACGGAUGAGAUGAAGCUCCGGCUGCCGGCGCCGCUGUACUCGGGCACGUAUGAGCAGGUCCGGGCUGAGGGACGCAGCCAGGCCCCUGCAGUGCCUGGGCAGAGGGAGCACAUCUAUGACGAGCCUGAGGGUCGUGCUCCCCGCUUGCUGCCCGCCCCCACCUGCAUCUACGAUGAAGCGCGGCCCGCGGGCGAGGCCUGGCGUACCCAGGGCCAUGAUGGCAGGGGCGGCUAUGAGUAUCCCUACAACCCCAUCACUGACGACUACUCGGUACCUGCCCUCGGUCCCUGCCUCCAGGCAAGGGCAAAGGGUCCCAAGCCGGUGCCGGCCCCCAAGCCCCCGGCGCCCUUCAUCGCUAAAAGUGGCGAAAGGAGUGGGGACCCUGGCAGGCGGCGGGGGAACCCUGCUCCUGAGAAGGCGGUCAUCAAACCUGGCCUCAACAGCAGCAAUAACAACAACGUGGAGCUGCUGUACAGCCAGGUGGUGAAGCCCCAGCAUGUCCAGAAGAAGGAGCAGUCUGUGGAUGAGUGCAGCUUGUCGCCUGUCUAUGAGGACUUAGGAGAGAUCUAG